AAAAAAUCCCCCAAAGAUUUAACACGUCACUGAUGUAAAUUAAUAUGAUUUUACGAAUUCUCCAACCUUGUAUAUAUAAAGAUAAAAAUCAUUGAACUGAUCAUUCCAUUUGUGAGCUUCCGAUAGAUAGGAACUACCGUUAGUAUGCAUAUGUUACUAAAUGUGUUGCUGGUCAGCUUGGUCUUAGGCCAAGUUAGCGCAAGAUGUCCAGAACGUUGCCCAGAUACAGAGGAAGUUGUGUGGGCCCGCAGUCCUUUCUGCAAUGCAUACCGAAACAAGUGUUAUUUCGACAAGGCCAAGUGUCAGAAUCCAGAAUUGACAAUAACAUCGAAAUUUGAAUGCCAAAAAUAUUGCGCAACCAGUUGUGGAGCUGUUUAUCAACCGACAGGAGGAAUUUAUAAUGGGGUUUUAAAAAAAUUUAGCAACGAAUGCGAAAAGCUCGCCCAUUCCUGUAUAACAGGAGAAACUUUUGUGGAUAUCUAAAACAAAUAUAUAACUUAAAUAAUGCAUGUAAAAUUGACGUGCGUUUGAGAUUCAAUAAAUAAAUACAGUUAAUAUGAAAA